CAGUAAGCCCAUACCCAGGAAAAUCAACCAAUCAAAAUCAUCCUCGCGGCCAUGUCAGUUUCACGGAAGUUGACGUUGCUAACGCCAGUGCAAACAUCUCUAAUCAUAGCCAUCAUUUAUAGUGAUGAUAACACAUCAUUAACCGGUUUUCAGAGAGUGUUUUGCAAGAAUGUUGGAGACGUGGCCUGUGAAAUCUGGAGCCCUUGAUUGAUGGCAGCUCUAGCGGUGUUCCGUCAUGCCUGCAGCGGUCCUCUGCUCUGGGGCUGGGGACCCGUUCUGUUUGGUCUGCUGGGGUCUGUAUUUGUUCUGCUGCUGCCUUUAGCAGGAAUAGAGGAUCAAUGCUGUGCCACGCUGAAGGGUCUUGCUCUUCUGCGCUGCCAGCUGUGGGGUGGUGUCCAGCAGCCUGUCGUGCACACCACCAGCCUGACAGUCCCUUUCACUGCACUAGACCUCCUGCCACAGAAAGUCAAGCCCAGUAAAGAGACUCAGCUGGAGGCAAAGGCAGCUCUCCAGCAGGCUUUGGAAAUGAAGAAAAAUGGCAAGAGGGAGAAGGCUCAUAAGCUGCUCAUCCACGCGCUCAACAUGAACCCAGAGUUUGUGGAGGCGCUCACUGAAUUGGGCACCAUACUGGAGGAGGAAAAAGACGUUGUCCAAGCAGACCACCUGUACACCAAGGCCCUCGCCAUCUCGCCCUGUAACGAGAAGGCUCUGGUGAGCAGGGAUCGCACGCUGCCAUUAGUAGAGGAAAUAGAUCAACGCCACUUUGGGAUCAUUGAUGGAAAGGUACGACGUCUCAUGUCUAUACCCAAAGGCAACUCUGCUUUGCGUCGAGUCAUGGAGGAAACCUACUACCAUCAUAUUUACCACACCGUAGCUAUCGAGGGCAACACGCUCACUCUGUCCGAAAUUCGCCAUAUUAUUGAGACCAGAUAUGCUGUACCAGGAAAGAGUCUACAAGAACAGAACGAGGCCAUUGGUGUCGAUGUAGCCAUGAAGUACAUCAACACCACCCUGCUGUCCCGUGCUGGAGCAAUCACUGUAAACGACAUCUUGGAGAUACACAGACGGGUACUAGGCUACACCGAUCCCGUUGAAGCCGGGCGCUUCCGUGCCAGCCAGGUGUUCGUGGGACAUCACAUCCCACCGCACCCGCAGGACUUGGACAGGCACAUGCAGGAGCUGGCGCAGUGGUUGAACUCGGAGGAAGCGCUGAAUCUGCACCCGGUGGAGUUCGCAGCUCUCGCGCACUAUAAACUGGUUUACGUGCAUCCGUUCGUGGACGGGAACGGACGGACAUCCCGACUGCUCAUGAAUUUAAUCCUAAUGCAAGCUAGUUAUCCGCCGAUCACCAUUCGAAAAGAGCAGAGGGCGGAGUAUUACACCGCCCUGGAUACUGCCAAUGAGGGUGACGUAAGGCCCUUUAUUCGCUUUAUCGCAAAAUGCACAGAAAUGACACUCGAUACGCUCCUGAUAGCCACAACCGAGCAUGCAGUUGGGCUGCCUGAUGCUAGUAAUCACGCCUGUAUUGAUUGUAAACACACCAUACCUGUGCAUAGCUGAUGGAUGCAUGUUCGUAGAUGCAAAACGUUUGCAUGUGGUGUAUAUCGAAGUGCCAUAUCAGCCUCUGUAAUGAAUCACUCUCCAACUUUAUACUGCUAGCAUGGGACCUACAUGGACUUAUUGUGUAUCCAUUUUAAGUCUGUGCAUUUACUGUGUAGCUAUAUCCAUUACAGAUCCUUUGUUUCUUAUUUUGAAAUGUAGACCAUUCAAAAUGUCCUUAUUUGAGCCUCUACUUUGUUGUCAGUUUUAACUUUUCUUUUCCACUGAAUGAACAGUAUUAGGGCAGAUCUUCAGAUCCUUUAGCAACUAAAUCCUUCUGCUUGUGAGUUAAAGAUAAUGUGUCUGUCUGUUGGGAACAGUAUUCAUACUCAUACUUUUGUGAUGUUAAUCUCUAUUCUUGGACUUUUUUCUAGUCUCAAAAAGCAAGAUCGAAUUAGUCUAUUAUGAAGUUUGCUUGUAAAAAGAACGGAGUGCAGUUCUUUAGUGAUGAUUUACGAGCGGAAGUAUAUGUUGUGAGCUCUACAGCUUGUUGGACACAUUUUUGACUUUCAAGCUGGCAGGUUACAGCCAGGAAAUGUCAUGCUCAAAAUUGAGUGUCUGCCAAACCCAGUUUGAGUAAUAAUUAACCUUUAGUAGUCAACCAUUUUGUUUUGAAUUUUGAGGUUCUUUAAAGUUUUGUUUAAAAGAUAACUUUAUUUUGAGAUGUUACUUAUAUUUAAAAUGUUAAUAAUAAUAAUAAUAUUCCAUAUGAAAUGAUUCUGAUACAUGAUGAAAGGAACAUUAUAAAUGCCUACAGCUGUUCAGAAGUUUAUUUAUAAUUGAUUACAGGAGUGUUGAAAGGUUUUAUUAAGAAUAAUGUUAGGGAUUUUCAUUUUAUUUUUUUGAUUGACAUUUUGAGUUUGCCACUAUUGUCAAGCACUUUAAUCUAUUUAAAGAUAGCUUUAAACUAUUUUACUACUUGUAAAAGGUAUUUUAUUAUUGUAAUAAAUUAUUGUCCAACUUCUCA